AUGGGGAUUUGUGGCUUGUUUGGCAGUCUGUACUUUAUGCUUCCUAAAAGGCGACCAGUUGAAGCUGUGUUGGUAGAAGGAGAAGGAAGUGAAAAAAACAUAGGAAAAGAUUCUUCAUCGGUUAUUAAGAAGCAUCGGAUCGAUUGUUAUUUUGAAUCGACUGCCGCCAAUACUAACAAGAAUACUAGUAGUGUUAUAGGUAACUAUAGUGGUAUUAGCAGAGAGAGUGGUGGCGUCGAAGAGACGGUGAGUAUGGCGCUUGGUGGUUCAAAUCCGGCGGAGAUUGAUGAAGAUCUUCAUAGUCGGCAGCUUGCUGUUUACGGUAGGGAGACGAUGCGGAGGCUCUUUGCAUCUAAUGUUCUUGUUUCUGGAAUACGAGGACUUGGUGUUGAGAUUGGUAUGGUUCUUUAUUUUUUUUCAGUUUCUAAAAACCUUGUUCUUGCUGGUGUCAAGUCGGUUACAUUGCAUGAUGAAGGGGUAGUGGAGCUUUGGGAUUUGUCAAGCAACUUUGUUUUCUCAGAAAAUGAUGUUGGCAAGAAUAGAGCCCUUGCUUCCAUUCAAAAGUUGCAGGACCUCAACAAUGCAGUGGUCAUUUCUACUUUAACUACAGAGUUGACAAAAGAACAUCUUUCCAAGUUCCAGGCUGUUGUGUUUACAGAUGUCACUCUUGAGAAAGCCAUUGAGUUCAAUGACUAUUGCCAUGAUCAUAAGCCUCCUAUCUCUUUCAUCAAAGCUGAAGUAAGAGGCCUUUUUGGUUCCAUUUUUUGUGACUUCGGGCCUGAAUUCACUGUCUUUGAUGUUGACGGAGAGGAACCACACACUGGUAUUAUUGCAUCCAUCAGCAACGACAACCCUGCGCUAGUGUCAUGCGUUGAUGAUGAAAGGCUUGAGUUUCAAGAUGGGGAUCUUGUUGUUUUCUCUGAAGUUAAGGGAAUGACAGAACUAAACGAUGGAAAACCCAGAAAGAUUAAAAAUGCGAGAGCAUAUUCAUUUACUGUCGAGGAGGACACCUCCAACUUUGGUAUCUAUGAGAAAGGUGGAAUUGUUACACAGGUGAAAGCGCCUAAGGUGUUGAACUUUAAGACAUUGAGGGAAGCAAUUAAAGAUCCUGGCGAUUUUCUUUUGAGUGAUUUCUCGAAGUUUGAUCGUCCACCUCUCCUACACUUGGCAUUUCAAGCACUGGACAAGUUUGUGUCUGAGCUGGGUCGCUUCCCUGUUGCUGGUUUGGAAGAGGAUGCUCAGAAGCUUGUAUCUCUAGUCAGUCUCAUCAAUGAAAACUCAGGAGAUGCGAGAGUGGAGGACAUUAAUCCAAAACUUCUGCGGCACUUUGCCUUUGGUGCCAGGGCUGUACUGAAUCCUAUGGCUGCCAUGUUUGGUGGUAUAGUGGGGCAAGAGGUUGUCAAAGCAUGCUCUGGAAAGUUUCAUCCCCUGUUUCAGUUCUUCUAUUUUGACUCUGUGGAAUCACUACCUACUACUACUUUGGAUCCCAGUGAAUUCAUGCCAUUAAACAGCCGUUAUGAUGCACAAAUUUCAGUUUUUGGAUCCAAGCUUCAGAAGAAACUGGAGGAUGCCAAUUUGUUUGUAGUAGGAUCUGGUGCACUAGGCUGUGAAUUCUUAAAGAAUUUAGCGCUGAUGGGUGUUUCAUGUGGUGAACAAGGAAAGCUUACAAUAACUGACGAUGAUGUGAUAGAAAAGAGUAACUUGAGUAGGCAGUUUCUCUUCCGCGAUUGGAACAUUGGACAGGCCAAAUCCACUGUCGCUGCUUCUGCUGCUUUGUUAAUAAAUCCCCGUCUUAAUAUUGAAGCGCUGCAAAAUCGUGUCGGUCCUGAAACAGAAAAUGUGUUUGAUGAUACCUUCUGGGAAAACUUAAAUGUUGUUAUAAAUGCUUUAGACAAUGUUAAUGCUAGACUUUAUGUUGAUCAGAGGUGCUUGUACUUCCAAAAGCCACUUCUUGAGUCAGGAACUUUAGGUGCCAAAUGCAACACUCAGAUGGUCAUUCCUCACCUAACUGAAAACUACGGUGCUUCUAGGGACCCACCCGAGAAACAAGCUCCGAUGUGCACUGUGCACUCCUUCCCACACAACAUUGACCAUUGCUUGACAUGGGCUCGAUCUGAGUUUGAGGGUCUGGUUGAGAAAACUCCAGCUGAAGUGAAUGCCUAUCUAUCAAACCCUGCUGAAUAUACUAAUGCUAUGAUUAAAGCUGGUGAUGCUCAGUCAAGGGAUAUAUUGGAACGUAUUCUUGAGUGCCUUGAGAAGGAAAAAUGCGAGACAUUCCAGGAUUGUGUUACAUGGGCUCGUUUAAAGUUUGAAGAUUAUUUUGCUGACCGUGUGAAGCAGUUGAUUUACACAUUCCCCGAAGAUGCUUCAACUAGUACCGGGGCUCCAUUCUGGUCAGCCCCAAAGCGCUUCCCGCAUCCACUCCAGUUCUCAAAUAAGGACCCUAGCCAUCUCCAAUUUGUUAUGGCAGCAUCAGUACUACGAGCAGAAACUUUUGGGAUCCCAGUUCCUGACUGGGUCAGGAAUCCUAAGAUGUUAGCUGAAGCUGUUGACAAGGUGAUUGUGCCAGACUUUCAGCCAAGGGAAGGAGUGAAGAUUGAGACAGAUGAGAAGGCUACUAAUCUGUCUAAUGCAUCUGUGGAUGAUGCAGCAGUAAUCAAUGAACUAAUCAGGAAAUUAGAGCAGUGUAGGGAGAAUCUGCCGGCAGGGUUCAGGAUGAAGCCAAUUCAGUUUGAGAAGGAUGAUGAUACGAACUACCAUAUGGAUUUGAUAGCUGGGCUUGCCAACAUGAGAGCUAGAAACUACAGUAUUCCUGAGGUUGACAAGCUGAAAGCCAAGUUUAUUGCUGGAAGGAUCAUCCCUGCUAUUGCUACCUCCACUGCUAUGGCCACUGGUCUUGUUUGCCUGGAGCUGUACAAGGUUCUUGAUGGGGGACACAAACUGGAGGAUUACCGCAAUACAUUUGCCAACCUUGCACUGCCUUUAUUCUCCAUGGCUGAGCCAGUCCCACCCAAGGUUAUCAAGCAUCAAGACAUGAGCUGGACUGUUUGGGACAGGUGGACCCUAAAAAACAAUCCUACCUUGAGGGAACUUCUGCAGUGGUUCACAGACAAGGGGUUAAAUGCUUACAGCAUCUCAUUUGGUAGCUGCCUGCUCUACAAUAGCAUGUUCCCUCGUCACAGGGAGAGGAUGGAGAGGAAGGUUGUUGAUCUUGUGAGAGAAGUGGCCAAAGUGGAAUUGCCUCCUUACCGCCACCACUUUGAUAUUGUCGUGGCAUGCGACGAUGAUGAGGGCAAUGAUGUUGACAUUCCUACAGUAUCCAUUUACUUCCGUUAG